CCUGCGCACUGCUCCCCAUGUGCGCUGGGGCCGUCAGUGGGCCCAGCUGAGCCGCGGCUCGAAACCUCCUUGGCGACAAGACCCGGGCACCCGUUCUGCACCCGUCUUGCUGGUGCCCUCCUUUCUCGGCUUUCCUCACGAGCGCCUGUCGCCAUGGGCAAGAGCCGAACCAAACGCUUUAAGCGACCUCAGUUCUCCCCCACGGGUGAAUGUCAGGCCGAGGCGGCGGCGGCGAACGGGACGGAGCGGGAGGACGACGACGGGCCGGCGGUGGAGAUGCUGGAGAAGGUAAGGUGAGGGCUCCCCGAGCCCCCCGCACACCCCCGCGAGCCCUGGCGCCGCGGCUCCCCGCGCCUGCUCGACCCCAGUCUGGCGGUGAGGGAGACGGCGGCCGGCGCGCUGAGAAAUCUCAGUGCUUGUGGAGGGUUUGAAGUUUGCGAUGACAUGGUGACCAAGGACAUCAUGACCCCCCUGGUUGCGCUGCUGAAAGAGUGUAGUGCUGGCCUGGAUUCAAAUGAGAUGUCUCCACAGGAAAAAAAAGAUCAAAACAGAAAUUCUAUUGAGACCAUAGCCAAUGAGGCUGUGAACGUGCUGUGGAAUAUAUGUGAAUGCAGUAGUAGAGCAGUAUCUAUAUUCAACAAAGAAGGGUGUUUGGAGAUUGUAUUAAAGUAUUUAAGUAGGUUUUCCACCAAUGUGGACCUGGCUAUUUCAGUAGCAUAUUGUUUGCAGACUGUGACGGAAGAUAACCCAGAGCUACUGAGAUCCUUUAGUGCUCCAGCAUUGCAGGUGCUGGAAUCAGCAAUGCUGUCUCCUGACAAUUCCAUGGAAUACAUUCUUUUAAAGACAUUAAUAGCAGGCACAGUUUGGAAUCUAAAAGAUGUUAUCCCAUCCAAGAGUCAGGCAGAAAUCAUAAAUGCCAUACUGAAGAUCUUAUCUGAAGUUUUGGAAAUGGAUGCUGGCAAAAUGGUUAUUCAAAUGAAGGAGGCUGAGACCCAGAGGCUAGAAACUGCUGCAGAGACUGAGGAAGUAUUACAGAAUGUGAAUGGUGACACUUUGAUUGAAGAUGAUGAAAUGGAAGGAGUGCCUCAUAAAAGGAAAGUCAGACGGAAAACUUUCAUUUCAGAUUUACUUCCACCCACUGACAAGGAACUGAGAGCAGCCAUAGCAUUGCUGACAGCUCAACAGACAGCUCUGGAAAUGAUUGUCAAUAUGUGCUGCAGUGAAGAGCCCUCUGACGACGAGUGGGAAGAGCUUUCCAGCAGUGAUGAAAGCGAUGCGUUCAUGGAGAAUUCCUUCAAUGAGUGUGGGGGGCAGCUGCUAUCUCCCCUCUGCCUCUCCCAUGAGAUUCACACUGCUCUCACCAGCUACCUCAUCCCAAAGAAGAUUUUUGAGAAAACUGCCUUUCCAAACAGCGUUGCAGUUGACAUAUGUUCUAAGGCCCCCACGUGGAAACCUUUGAUUAGAAAAAUGAACACCAUCCAGUGUAGAGCCCUGGUGUGUCUCCAGAACCUCGUGUCCCUCCUGGAUGUGGACCACCUGGGGGGCGCUCCAGCCCUUCAGACGCUCGCACAGCAUCUGUCAGAGCUGAUCUUUUCUCAGCCAGAUUUUGCUAAGCAUGUUGACUUUCUAGAAGCCAUAAGUAGUGCCUUGAGGGCCCUUUUGCAAACAAUGGCCUCCAAGAACAUUUCUCAGUGCAUGACUCCUGACCAGCUGAUGUCGUUGUGCAAAGUGGGCAUUUAUAGUAAUAAUGUUGGGGUUAGAGUGAACGUAGUUAGUAUCUUAGGAAUCACUGGCAGUGUCCUAGCCAAAGAAGAUGGUACACUUGAAACUCUCAAGACCAUUGGGUCCUUCCUGCUUGAGGUUGCAACCAAAGAUCCUUCCCUGGUAGUAGCUGGAGAAGCUUUGGAUGCCCUGUUUGAUGUUUUUGCUGAUGGUAAAGAAGCUGAAAGAGCCUCCGUUCAAAUUAAAUUGUUAUCUACUCUGAAAGAGCUCCAGCCUGUCUUCAAAAUGAAGAUACGAAAAGAAGGCAGAGGUAAAUACAGUCCAGAUCAGCUAUGUGUUCUUGACAAUGUGAAGAUGAAUUUGAGAAGGUUCAUUGCUUAUCAAGAAACUGUUGAGAAAAGACUGACUGCUUAAUCUUUGAAAGACAGACCCAUGCCUGUCCACCGUGUUCAAUGCUAGAAGUACUAAAGGCUCUCCUUUGAAGGUAUAUAUGUUUCUGAAAAUCAUUUUUAAUGUCUACAUCUUCUACAUUAAUUUGAAACCUGUCAGAAGCUGUUUUAAGCUCUGGGAUCUGUGUGGCAUUUGUUUCUCUACUUAUGUUUCCAGCAUGUUUUAAGCACUGGAAACACGAAGAGUGGAAAUACAAAGGAAUCUCAGCGGUUCUUUGUGGUUUCUUUGUGAAGAAACUUCCAAACAAUCAUAUUCUCCUUGUGUACAAAAAUAAGAAAAUUCAAAGCAUCUUGGAUGCUUUUUUUUUAGCUGGUAUCAUUUUAUGUUAGCUGAACCUCUAACUAAAAUAGAAGACAAGCUUUAUAAGACUUACAGAUUUUGGUAUGUAGUAUAUUUGUGAUGAAGUAAACGAGUUGAAUUGUAUUUUGCUAUUUUAGCAGAAUAUACUAAAAGCUAGUUAAAGUAAUUGUCAUCCAUACAAGUGGGUGUGACCAGUUGUUUUGUAACGUCACUCCUUGACUUGAUACGGUAUCAGAAUAAGCGGGAGAUAUUUUUUUUUAAUAAAUAACUUUUUAAUUGAAAGUUUCGUGUCUUCCAAGAUCCUUCUUACAAAUAUCAAAUAACUAUUC